AUGCGUAGGAGCUCAGACUACCGCCCCAAUAAUCAAUAUGGCUGGGGCACAACGUCCUACGAGUACCAUCCUCCUGUCCCACAAAUACAAAGGAUGCCUACUCUUCUCCCUGGCGUCCCUCAGUACCCAGAUGUGUACAUGCUCUUCAACAACAAGGUCACUUAUGGAGAAGAACAAAAUCAAAAGAAAGUCCCAAAGUCUCAGAAGAAAGUUAGUUUCGUCGAGCCAGAGAAAACUACUGAGAUCGAUAAGGUUCAUGAAGAGAGCAUGGAUGAGAAAGCUGAUGGGUUCCUUCAGCGGGCGCACCAGAACUUUGGGCUGUCCAGAUGGGCGACUUUCAAAGUAAGUUAA